AUGGAACGCAAAAAUAAAUUCCAUGUGGGUGACACGUCAAAUUAUAUGUUUGAAAGAACAUUGGCAGACCUCGUAAGAGGUAUUAGAAAUCAUAAGAAGAAUGAAGAGAAGUUCAUUAAUCAAUGUAUUCAAGAGAUUAAAAUGGAGUUGAAAGGUGAUAUCUCAAAGAAAACAUUGGCUGUUCAAAAGUUAACUUAUAUUUCAAUGUUGGGAUAUGAUAUUAGUUGGGCGGCAUUCAAUAUUGUCGAGGUGAUGAGUGCCACCAAGUUCUCGUCGAAGCGUGUCGGUUACUUGGCCGCCAGUCAGAGUUUCAAUGAGGGAACCGAGGUGAUUACGCUGGCAACCAAUCAGAUUCGUAAGGAUUUCCUCUCGAAUCAAUACGAAGCGUAUCUAGCGUUGAAUUGCUUGUCGAACAUCUGCACACCGGACUUGGCGCGUGACCUCGCCAACGACUUGGUGUCGCUGCUAUCCACCCAGAAGACACAUAUCCUCAAGCGUACUAUCACCGUGAUGUACAAGAUCUUCUUGCGCUAUCCAGAUUCGCUGCGUCCAGCAUUCCCAAAGCUGAAGGAGAAGCUCGAGGAUCCCGAGCCGUCCGUCGUCUCCUGCGCGGUCAACGUCAUCUGCGAACUCGCCCGUAAGAAUCCAAAGAACUACUUGACACUGGCACCCGUACUCUUUAAGAUCCUCACCAACAGUACAACCAACUACUGGAUGUUCAUCAAGAUCGUCAAGUUGUUUGGCGCGCUCACCCCGCUCGAGCCCAGACUCGCCAAGAAGUUGGUCGACCCGCUCACCAACAUCAUCAACACCUCCUCGUCAAUGUCGCUACUGUUCGAGUGUAUCCAAACUUGUAUCAUCGGUAUCAGCGAUAAUAUCCCACUGAUGAAGCUGUGUAUCUCCAAGUUGCGUACGCUGAUCGAGCAUCACGACCAGAAUCUAAAGUAUCUCGGUCUGCUCGCGCUCAGCAACAUCAUGAAGAUUCAUCCCAAGGCUGUUUCCGAGCAUCGUGAACUCGUACUCAAUUGUUUGGACGACGAAGAUAUCUCUAUUCGUACACGUGCACUCGACUUGCUCACCGGUAUGGUCAACAAGAAGAACAUCCACGAGAUCGUCUUGAAGUUGUUGCAACACAUCGAUCUUGCCGAGGGCGCCUACAAGGAGAAGAUUCUCGAGAAGAUCAUCGAACUCUGCUCACUCGGAACCUAUCAAUAUAUCACGGAUUUCGAGUGGUAUAUCAAUGUCCUGACUCGUCUCUCAGAGAUCCACGAGACUGUCCACGGCAAGCUGAUUGCUUCGCAGCUGUUGGACGUUGUCAUUCGUGUCAAGGUGGUGAGAGCAUACAGUGCACGUGCUAUGAUCAACUUGUUAAAGAAUCCAAAGUUGAUGUCCAAUCCAAAGGAGAAUGGAAUCUGCGAGGUUCUCUAUGCUGCCGCCUGGAUCGUCGGUGAGUUUAGCGGUUACCUCAACCAGCCACUCCAAUCGCUCGAGGCAUUCCUUCAGCCAAGAGUUUCCAUCUUGCCCGCUCACAUUCAGUCGGUCUACAUGCAGAACAUCUUGAAGGUGUUUGCUCAUGCCUGUGCCAGCGCCAACGGCGAGCAACCAGAGAACUUGGAUCUCGACGAACAGACUUCGCCCGUCGAGUUGGAGCAGAUCUCGACAGAGACAAUCGACGAGUGUCUCACCGUUCUCAAAGAUCGUUUGCCACUCUUUACCCAGUCGAUUCACAUCGAUGUCCAGGAACGUGCAUGUCUUGUCAAUGAGAUUAUCAAGUUCUACUCGACUAGCAAGGAUCAAGGAACAAACAUCGCCAGCGAGUUGGUCGGUCUUUUCACAGAGGCACUCAACCCCGUUGCACCAAAAGCACAAAAGAAGGUGCCAGUCCCCGAAGGAUUGGACUUGGACGCCUGGAUCAACGAUCCAAAACUUCAGGAACUCGAAGAGUCUGACGAAUCCGACAGUGAAAUCUUUGGAAAGUACAAUGAAGAGUCAGACGAGGAACACACUCGUCAGCCAACCAAAGAGGAGUUGGCACGUCAAAAGGAAGAGAGAUUGAAAAAGCAAGCAAACAAUCCAUAUAUGCUCGGUAAUCGUGGCAAGCAACAACAACAACAACAUUUGGAUCUUGGUGACGAACCAACUCAUAUUCCAGUUGCCAAACUUCCAGAAAACAUGGGUCCAGUAAUUGUCGGUGGUCGUUUCGACUCACUCGAAAAGAAGAAGCCAUCCAAGUUGAAGAAGAACAUUGCUAUCGACACAACCACAGAGAUGCCAGAGGGAGCCAAAGAAUCGGAUAGUGAAGACGAGCGUCGUUCCAAGAAUACCAAAUCCGACGCGCUCAGUGCCAUCAAUUUAGAUGAACCACUUGGCGCCAACGAAGUAUUGUACUCCAACAGACAUCGUACCGAUAUUAUUCGUGAUCGUGAAGCUGCUGAGCGUGCAAAGGCUGCUGCCGCUUCAAGAAAAUCAUCACCCAAAGUCGGACAACAAUCACCAAACUACACUGAGCUCGCCAGUCCAGAGAUCACUGGAGCCGGAAAGACAAAGAAGUCAUCAAAGAAAGGAGAACAAUCAUCAUCGUCAAAGAAAUCAACAGCGGCUGCUCCAGCUCCAGUUGUUGUUAAGAAACCAUUGGUAUUCGUAGCGGUUUCCAAUUUGGCAGAGAAUGAAUUCUUCAAUGUCACUUAUGACCUUCGUGUUGUCGAUGCCACCGCAACACCGGAUCAACUGAAAUUGACAAUGAAAAUUCAAAACAAGAGUGAUGAAGAUCUCUCCGAUGUCAAGCUCAGCGUCAAGCCAGCCGAAAACACCCUCUCGCUGGUUGGUGGUGAAGAAGUUCAUGACAUUGGUAUCAUUGAAUCUGGAUCAUCGACAACCAUAACACAACUCUUCAAAUCCGAGAAUAUCUUGGCUGCCGCACAAAACCCAAUUCAAUUCUCGUUGUCUGCCACUCCAUCGUCGUCACCGGACGUCACCGUUGGCUUUGAAGUCGCUACACCCAUCAAUUUCUUUAUUGUCGGACACCGAUUGACCAAAGACAAGUUUGCCGAUAUUCUACAAAACUCUGGUCAGAUGCCACUGUCCAGUGUCAAGGUAGCAGGAGUCACCUCGCAGUCGUGCAUCGAUGGACUUCGUGAACGUCUUCAAUUUGAAGUUGUUCAAAUCCAUCCAUCCGGUUCAACCAUUUCCUUCUAUGCAAAGACCGUUCAACAACACCACAUUGCAAUGUUAUGUAAGGAUCGUGACGGUGUUGCAUGUUUCGAUGUAAAAUCAUCAGAUGCCACUCUUUCACAACUUAUCACCAAAGAAAUUAAAUCUCAAUUCACUGUAUCAAAUUAA